UUAUAAAGUGAGGCAGACAGAGAGAGAGCCAGUCAGACACUUCAGCCUCACUGAGCAGAAAAUAAACUUGUGAACUCCAAGCAAAUAUUUCUGCCAGAAAUAGGACAAAAGAAGACAAGGGCCAUCUUUAAUUUUGGUACAAUAAGAAGAGGUGGAACUGAGCAGGAAAAAAAAAUUCUUUUGAGGAUUUUGCUUCUUACAAUAGUUUGAACAAUCUGUGGCUCAUUGUAGGGGGGUGGUCAUGAUUUGAAAGGUGUCUUAGAAGGAACUCAUUAAGGAGAAACAAAUUGUCCACAGUGAAAAGACUAAUUCGGAAGACUUGUUGGAAAAGGACAGUUGGCAGAUAUUUUAAGGCAUAAAAUAUCUUCUCUAGAUUUAAUUUGCAGCUAUUUCAUCCUUCCAUCCAGUUGGCAGCUAUGGCUUUGUUUAGCCAUUUCCAUGUUGGAUGCUCCAUGCCAGAGGUGUGCUUCUUUGUCUCUGUGAUGCUUCUGGCUAUAGUGGGUGAGUUCAGCCUUUCCCUGGCUGCGCAGGUGAGUACCUGUGAGGCAAAUGGCAGUGUCUACUAUGUUGGUGAGUGGUACUUCCUGGACUCGGACCACUGCACUCAAUGUGAGUGCACCACAGAGGGCCCAGCCUGUGCUAGGACAGAGUGCACAGCCUUGCCACCAGCCUGCAUGCACGUCAGCCACUACCCUACGGACUGUUGCCCUCGCUGUGAGAAGAUUGGCUGUGAAUACAGAGGAGAAGUUUAUGAGCUGGGAGAACAAUUUCAGCCCUCAGAAUGUGAACAGUGUACAUGUGACGUAGACGGAAUUGCCCGCUGCCUGGUAGCAGACUGUGCCCCUCCUCCAUGCGUUAACCCGGUGUAUGAGAAGGGAGAGUGCUGCCCGCGAUGUAAAGAUGGUCCAAAUUGCUAUUCAGAUGCCUCUCAGAGCCGUGUGAUCCCUGGAGGUCAAUAUGUUUGGGUGGAUUCGUGCACCAAGUGCCGUUGUCAUGAUGGACAGGAUGUCGGCUACUGGGAAGGAAAUCGACUUGCAAAGUGUGAGAAGACCAAAAACUGUAACCCAGAAGAAGACAGAGAAAAUUCUUAGAAAUAUUCCUGAUACUGUAGUAUCCCCACUGGCCAUCUCUCAGUAAACAUCAGAACACUUCAUUAGUACAUCACUGAAUGACCAGUGGGUUGACCUCCUCAUUAAGACUGUGCCCUUCUUCUACAAUUACAUAUUUCUGUGUGAAUAAGCAAACCAGAUAUUUCAUUUGACUAAAUUUAGUGGAGGCCCAUAAUAAAAACGGUCCUCUCAGUGAAUAGUUCCAUGUAAUGCUCUAUUCCCUAUGUAAUUGGGACAAAUGUCAGGAAGGUCAGGAAAGGUGUAGCACAGUCAAGAGAUAGUUAGUAAGAACAUGUUGCCAAAUGUCAUUGCACCGUGCCUUUACCACAUUACUGGUCCAUUGCAUCUAGUCCAUUGGUAUUUGUAGUAUUAGUGCUACAGGCUGCAGUGAUGCCAGCAACACCAUAUUGUUUGUAUCUGCCAAAGAAAAGUCUAUAGGUUCACUGCUGUCACUUGGCAUCUAUAUUGUCACAUACCCAUUGACUGCUCUUGCCAAACCGACCCUUGUCUUGAUCCAUGUGAAUGCCAAACAUUUGCCUGAGCCUGACCCAUUUUCUGCAAAACAUUUUUUCACAUUCUUAGAAACAUUAUUUGAGGAUGUCAGAUGUAAAUUCUCAAUGAACAACAUUGUAUUGAAAUGUUUGAAACUAUUUAUACCUCAAAAUAGAAGUAUAUUCACCACCAGGCAUUUUAUCUGGCAGUCUUUUCUUACCCUUUAGUAAUCCCAAGUGCAAAAUAUAUCAUCCAUCAUUUACUUGUAAAAAUAUAGAAAAUGCUUUCAAUGCAUGCCUUAUGUUUUUUUAUGUUUAAGAAGGUGUGGUAGGUAUGAACAUUGUGUGUGUCGGAGUCCUACUCUAACUAUAUCAUCUGAGACUUACAUUUCAUCCAAAGAAACAAUUGGGGUCAUUUACUGUAUUAACAUUGAGCAAAUUUUCUCAUGAGCUAUAACCCAUGGCAACCAAUCACAUUGCUGCUUUCAUUGUUCUACUUGCAGCUGGCUUUAAAAAGCUAAUCUCUGAUUGGUUGCUAUAGGUUACUGCAAAAAAAUGGGGUUGAUGGUCUGUACAAAACAGUGAAAGGUAUAUGUCCUAUUCCUUCUAGUUGCUCUGUGCAGCAGCUCAGUUGAAUAAACAAAACAUCAAAGAUUGAAAGGAAAAGUAACUCUAGCAGAUUGACUGCAAAACAUUUAUUCCAGGUAGUAGCAGGGUUUAUGCCACUACCUGGAAUAAAUGUUUUGCAGUCAAUCUGCUGGAGUUCCUUCUCCUUUCAAUUGUUGAUGUUUUGUCUACAGGUAACUGCCCCUGGGCAAAUGUGUCCAGUGUUGAUAAAUGAGUCCCACUGUUUAUAUAUAAAAAGUCAGAUAUUUCUGGAUGCAGGGUUGGACUGGGCCGGCGGGACACCGGUAAAAAACCCGGUGGGCUCCUGGCUCUUGUGGGCCCUGCCUGCUCAGAUCCACGACCUCUUCCUGCAGUCUCUUCUUGUGUGACCUCCCGCGGCAAAAACAUUGUGUGCACAUGCGGCGCAGCAGGGGGGUCCGGAAGGGACCCUGGGACAGCAGCCCCGGUGGGCCCCGGUCUCCCCAGUCCGACCCUGUCUGGAUAUAAUAAAACAUUAGGAAUAACGUGAAAAUGUGAACCCCUUCUAAUCUAAUAUUGCUUAUCCAUUAGACACACCUUAUGUAUUCUAUAUUACUGGACAUGCUGCAACAUUAAGCAGUGCUAUUAAAAUCAUUGCAAUGAGCUAUUUAAUUUCUUUGGGGGGGGAGGCACUAAGAGAAGUGAAUUGAUUUAGAGAAGACCCGGGCUCAGACUAAACACCCACAGCUGAUGCACGCGUGCUUCAUAAUUCAGUCUUUCACACACUUGGGCCCUGAUCUGUAUGUACCUGACAGAAAUGUAAUGAAUGUAAUAUAACAUUUGCACUGUGAAAUUCCUCUCCUAUAUUGAUAACAAGUUCUUCUUGGUUAUUCCAUAUACAGUAAAUUAGAAAAGUAAAUUAGAAAAUGCGGCAAUCCUAGCUGGGUUGAUCCAACCUUUUUUAAUAUUUGUUUGAUAAAAACGCAUGCAGAUGAAGUGCAGUUGUGUCACCAAAACUGUUCAGCAGCAGCUGUGGCUCUUAAAAAAAUAAAACACUUUUAUAUAAAAGGUACAUAACAUAGAAAUUGUUCUUUAUGAAUGAAAAUAGGGCACAAGAGUUCCAGAUGCUUUUCCUGUAACAAGAUCAUUGUAAUGGGAUGCAAAGUGUUAAUAAGCUGGACUGUUAUCAACUACAGUACAUGGUAACGGCUGGACAGCUUUGAAGAAAAAAAAUUUACUGCAGAAAAAUAAGCCAUUGUAAAAACACAAAUGGCAAGGCUGGCCUGUGAUAAAACAACAAUUGAUAAAAGCAUGUUUCAAAGAGAGGAUUAUUACAACACAUGUAGCAGUGCUGGUUCAGAAAUAGACAAGAUUACCUGUGUAAUGUGUAUAAAUAACUUUAAAUAAAAUAAGCCUUUUGUAGAUAAA